AUGAAGCCUGCAACAUGGUUGCGAUGGGAAGGCACUGUGCAUGCAGCAAAUCAGGUACAAGAGUCCACAUCGACGGACGAGUAUUUUUCGCCAUUCGCUACUGAUGCGCCGUCCGAAGCACUUUUCCAACGCAAGGAUGGACUCGCCGCGCUCGCCCCCAUCAUCAACGUCGCCUCCAACCUGCUCAACAAACCGAUACCCACCAACAAAUGGUGGGGGAACCUCAUCCACACCACAACAGAGGACAUCGACACCGUCGCCAACCCCGCAUGGUCUAAUCCGUACGCGCUCAAGCUACCCAAAGAAGCACCUUUCGGUAUACAAGCAUACUACUCGUACACAUACCGUCAAAUGGCUGGUGAGGUGAAUGGCGUCGUCCGAUACUAUCUGCAUGAAUUCCACAACGACGUAACGUUAUCGGCGAAUGAAUUCGGGUCGACUAAACCAGACUACGAGGUGUACUCGUUCAGUGAAAUGGGGGUUUCUGUGCGGACGUCUGUUACAGGCAGUAAAAACUGCAUGGACUCCGCGCUGGUGCAUGGCAUGGCGUUCGUAUCGGCAACAUGCUCGACGCCGGGCAAGUACGUGGUGAAGCUCGCGAACCAGCAGACGUGGGUGAUAUUUGCGAGCGACACGGGUGCUUCGUUCCACAUCACGGGGUCAGCUCUUGUGAGCAAUGCGGUUUACACUGGAACACUUCGGAUGGCGAUUCUACCUGAGACUGGCGAUGAGAGUGUCUACGACGACUACGCGUCGUGUGUUGUCCGGGGUGGAGACGUGUCAGUGCAGUCCCGAACAAGCUACUCGCUGGACUGGGAGACUGAAGGCAGUAGCUGUGACAGCACGGGUCUGUUGCAUUUCGCGCUACCGCAUCAAGUGGAAGUUAUGAAAGAGGCUAUUACGACGAAGAGCAAGGGUGCCAUCGUACUGCACUCGAGCACUCGUGGUGAUAUGGUGGCUCAAGUGACGAAAUCUGGUAGCUGGGCCUUGACAGAGGAUGAAGCAGACGAGGAAGUAGACUUCUAUCCAUCAACUAAGCCGUCAGCUGAUGUAGUUGCGCAGGUUAACCUUCUGUCCACGUUGCAGAGCGACAUUGAUAGUGCGUGGAGCUUGGACAGUGGUAGCUGGUACUACAACGGCAAGGCGUAUCAGAAAUAUGCCUCGCUGUGCUUGAUCGCAGCCGAUAGCUCUGUAGUCGGUGAUGAUACAGCACUCUUGAAAACUUGUUUAUCGAAACUGGAGGCUCUGGUGUGGCCUUUCGUGAAUAACACAAUGAGCGUGCCGCUGGUGUAUGAGACAUCAUACAAAGGUAUCGUAACCAGCCAGGUUUUCACCGCCAACGACGUAAAUGUGGAAUUCGGCAACGGGGUUUAUAACGACCACCACUAUCACUACGGCUACUGGAUCACGGCGUCGGCCAUUCUAAAGAAACUGAAUCCGUCGUGGUCGGGAAUGGCACAACUAGAGACAAUGGUGUGGACGCUGCUUCGUGAUGUUGUAAACCCGAGCUUGGACGAUCCGCAUUUCCCUAAGCUCCGUCAUUUCUCGUGGUAUUUGGGACAUUCAUACUCGCACGGUGUGACUCCCAUGGCCGAUGGCAAGGAUGAAGAGAGCACGUCAGAGGACGUGAACUUCUUUUAUGGUAUGAUACUCUGGGGACAGGUUUCGGGUAACAAGGCGGUGGAAGAUCUGGGCAGUCUCAUGCUACGCCUCAACGCUCGUACCGUACGGACCUACUUCCUCAUGACCUCGGACAACACGAUACACCCGCCUCAGUUCGUUCCGAACCACGUCACAGGCAUCUUCUUCGACAAUAAAGCGGACUACGCGACAUGGUUCGGUCCCGAGAAGUAUUGCAUCCACGGCAUUCAGAUGAUCCCGGUGUCACCUAUCAAUGGUUUGGCACGUACGAAGACGUUUAUCCAGGAAGAAUGGGAUGACAUUUUAUCAAAGGAAGCGAUUGUUACGGGUGGUGAUAUUUCCAACGCGUGGUUGUCGCUGUUACUUGUGAACGAGGCUGUCAUCAACCAGGGCGAUGCACUGGCAAAGCUGCCGUCAGUCACCAUGGAUGACGGGCUGACCCGUUCGUGGGCUCUGUACAACGCAGCAUCUCGAGGAGAUUCCGGUUCUACAGGGUCGACGAAGUUGGUUACGGUGCCUCCGAGUACUAACACGAAGGCGCCCACGGUCACCACUGCGACUCCGAGCACCACGACUGCAAUUCCUUCUGUCACUACUGCUACACCAACCAUCACUACUACUCCCUCGACUAUUAAGACGAAGGCUCCAAUUGCUACAACAUCAGCACCCGAAGUCGUAACAAUGUCUCCCAUCUCCCAGAGUAACGUCACGAACACACCCGUUACUGCUGCUCCGUCACCAACGACAGUACCAAGUACUACGAUCUCUACUCCUGCGUCGACACGUCCGCCUAGUCCACCUACAUCGGCGCCAGAAGUGAAUACUGGCGCUAAGUAUCCCGGUUGGACAUCAAUCCCGCCUGGAUGGACGUCCAUUCCCCCUGGUUGGACUUCGAUUCCUCCGGGCUGGACAUCGUAUACUCCUGGUGUGGUCGUCCCUGAAGGUGCAACGAAAGUGGAUUCCACUGACACUACUCAGUUCGUGGUGCAAAGCUAA